UUUCUCCUGCUUAGAUGGCUUAGAACUGCAAUUGCUAAUUAUAAAAGUUGUUCUCUUUACAUAGUUUAUAAUGUAGAGAAUAAUCUUAAGGCUUAUAGCAGUGUUUAUAAGCCACCUACUAUAAAGCUUAGGAGACCUUCUAAAAUUAGUAAUAAAGAUAGUAAAGCUCUGUUUAAGAAGUUAAUCUGCAGCAGAUAA